AUGCUUUUUUCAAAUGCUGUUAGACACGUAAGCCGUGGCUUGUCCACCUCUGCAACUGUUUAUAAUCCCAUCAAACAUGUAACUGUUAUUGGUGGAGGACUUAUGGGUAGCGGCAUUGCUCAGGUGGCAGCUGUAACGGGCCAUGAUGUCAUUCUUGUGGACCAAUCUGAAGACAUCUUGAAAAAAUCACAAACCUCCAUUCACAAGAGCUUGAGUAGAGUAUCUAAGAAGAAGUUUGCUGAUGAACCUCAAGCUGGAGAACGAUUUUUGAAUCAGGCUCUCCAAAAGAUCAGCCUCAGUACAGAUGCCGUUGCUUCUGUGGGUAAAACUGACCUCGUCAUUGAAGCAAUUGUUGAAAAUCUUGUGGCUGCUCAGUCUGUUGCUGUACUUGCUGCUCCUCCACUUGUUACUUGUGUUGCUGCUCUAUCUCCUGUUUGGACUGCUGCUUUCUCUGUGGCUAAGUAUAAAUACCAUGAAUCUAACGCCUGGUUCAAUAUGUACAAGCCACAAUCAUGGGCAAGGCGGUUGACAGUUGUCCAGAAGGCAAUUAUUGACCCUCUCUUUGUGGAGGAUCUUUACAUUUUCAAUCUAACAUACGUUUUUUUUUCUCUUCUUUUUCUUUUCUCUCUUCUUUUUCUUUUCUCUGUUUCUUUUUUUUCUCUCUGUUUCUUUUUUUCUUUGUUUCUUUUUUUCUCUCUCUUUCUUUUUUCUCAUUAUGGUGGUAAGCAUGUUCAUUAUUCCUUUAUAUCAUUGAAAGUAGGCCAAUCAAUUUAA